UUUAACUGUGUGUAUUCAUUUAUCGCGAAACAUUCAGUAUAAUGAAAACAAACAAUUUAGAUAAAGUUUUUUCGUUGUUGCAAUAUUUGGAAUGAAAAUGUACAGUUUUAAAAGAUUUGCCACCCUGAAGAGAAAGUGGAGAACGGCUUAUUUAUUUGAUUUGUGAUUACGACAAGUGCAAUUAUAUAAAUCGCUGUCUCCGUAUUUCGUUGAUGGGAAUACUUUUUUUAAAUUGAAUUUUAUUAAUUUAUUAUUAUUAUGUUGUAUUGGUUACCAAAGAAACGCUUUAAAAAAAGUACACAAGAUGUUGCAAAAGAAAUAAAAUAAUGGAACUUAUAUGAAAAUGCAUUAUAAAAUAACAAGUAAAUUUUUGAUAUUUUUCAUUGAGUAUAUGGAAAAAAGAAUAUUCUAUACAUACAAAGUUCAAUUUACAUAGUUUUGAAUUGCAUUUUACAUGAGCAGUUAUUAAAGUAAAUGCAUUAAAUAAUGUGCAGUAAUCAUCAUUUAAAUUGUAAAUAUACACGUCAACCUCCUAUCAAAUUAAUAAGUAAGCAAAAUCAAAAGUUUUUUUUUAGACACCUAAUUUGGGUGAUGGCAGUGUCCUUAAUUAUAUACUUUAUAAUAUUUGGAAUUUUGCCUAUUAUAUUUCAUUACUCUUGUGCUAUACAAAAGAAGAUAUUGUUUUUAAAUUUUGUGCAAUGGCCACUUAAUGUAAAUUUUUCAAACCCAGAAUCAGUUGGUAUGAAAGGAACAAGAAAUUUUUAUUUAACAACAAAUCAGCAAGUAAAAAUAGGACUAUGGCAGGUGUUACCUCAAUCCCUAUUAAAUGAUUCUGCUAUCACAACUGAUGAUGAUUAUGAAGCUGUUUUAAGAAAUGCUACACGACCUGUUUUUCUAUACAUGCAUGGUAAUAGUGGUAACAGAGCAAGUAACCAUCGGUUAGAACUUUAUAAACUAUUUCAGUCUUUAGAUUACCAUGUUAUAUGCUUUGAUUAUAGAGGUUAUGGUGAUAGUGAAGAAGCAGAGCUCUCUGAAUCAGGAGUAGUUAUUGACAGCAAAUUUAUCCUUGAGUGGUUGCUAGAAGUAGUGAAUAAUACAGCUCCUGUUUUUGUAUGGGGACAUUCCUUAGGCACUGGGGUUUCUACUCAUGUAUUAGCAUUAUUAGCAAUUGAAAAUAUACAGCCUGCAGGGUUGUUUCUAGAAUCACCAUUUAAUAAUAUUGCUGAUGAAUUAAGUGAACAUCCUCUGGCACAGGUGUUUAAACAUUUACCAUGGUUCCAUUGGGUAAUUGUUGAACCAUUUUACAAUAAUUUUCUUCGAUUUGAAUCAGAUAAACAUAUUGAAAAGAUUCAGUGUCCAGUAAUGAUAUUACAUGCAGAAGAUGAUGGUAUUGUACCAUUUUCUUUGGGUGAAAAGUUAUACAAAGCAGCUAUAAAUUAUCAUGGCAAUAGUACAAAUUGUAUUCAAUUAAUACGAAUAGAUGCUUCGUAUGGUCUCGGUCAUAAAUAUAUAUGCCGCUAUAAGGAAUUACCUAAUAUCAUUAAAACAUUUAUAGCUGAAGCACAUAAAAAGCAUUAGUUAAAUUAUUUAAUAAAGAAAAUGUAUCACUUUCUUAUAGAUAUUUUUUAUGGUAAAUGUCAGUAUUUAAACAGUGUGAAAUAAAAACAGUUAGUAUUUUAUUUCAUUAAUAUCUUUAAUGAAAUUCAGUAGUACUAUAACAUUUUGUGUAAAUCCAAUAAUUUUUAUUGCUUGAAUUCUAUAGUAUGUAUAAUUUGUUAAACACGCAAUUACAUCAUCUAUUUGAAUUCUACAUUUAAAAUACAUACACAUAUUAAACAUGAAGCAAUAAUAAGUGUUUCAUUUGAACAACGAAAAUGUAGAGAUUUGUACGUAUAUUAUGUGUAAGACAAUGUGGUGUGAGAUUGAAGUUAAUCCUGUGAUAGCUAUUUUAUGCCAUCAACAGUAUUUAUUAUUUUAUAUAUUUCAACCAAUUUGUAUCAAAUUUACAAAUUAAUGAAUACUCAACUUUGCUAUUACUUUAAAUUGUACCGUAUGUCAAUUUUAUACAUGUAUGUAUUAUCUUGUUUACAACAUUGUAGUUAUUGUGGCAGUAUAUUGCACGCCUUUACAUAAAUGAAAUAAUUAAAGAAAACAACAAAGCAAAUGUUGAAUGUAUUUGAAAAUCACAUUGUGUUUAUUUCCAUAUCAAAACCAUGUAAUUGUGAAUUAUUAUGUACAAAUACAUAGUCGAAUAUAUUUCUUGAAUCUUA